CCGGAUGUUGGUGUCUGGGCCCAGGGAAUCGCAAUAAUAUUUUACCUGUCGUAGUAGACACAGCAAGCUACAAAAAUGGGAAAUGAAAACUCUUUGCCCAUGGAGUUAUGCUCAAAUUUUGAUCCAGAUGAGAUUAAGAGAUUAGGCAAACGUUUUCGUAAACUUGAUUUGGAUAACUCUGGAUCCCUGAGUGUAGAUGAAUUUAUGACUUUACCAGAACUACAACAAAAUCCUCUGGUGCAGCGAGUGAUAGACAUAUUUGAUACUGAUGGCAAUGGAGAAGUAGAUUUCAAAGAAUUCAUCGAGGGUGUAUCUCAAUUUAGCGUGAAAGGAGACAAGCUAUCAAAAUUAAGAUUUGCAUUCAAAAUCUACGACAUGGACAAAGAUGGGUAUAUUUCCAAUGGAGAACUGUUUCAAGUACUAAAGAUGAUGGUAGGCAACAACCUUAAAGAUACGCAGCUUCAGCAGAUAGUGGAUAAAACCAUCAUCCAUGCAGAUGCUGAUGGAGAUGGAAAAAUAUCCUUUGAAGAAUUUUGUGCUGUUGUAGGAAAUAUGGAUGUCCACAAGAAAAUGGUGGUAGAUGUAUAGUCCUGUAAAGUUUACAUUUAAUACAUUUUCAUUUUAACUUAUUUCCAUGACAUUGCAAUUAUUAUAAUGCUGCAGAUGAAUCCAUCGAUUUUCAGAAUUUGUUCCCAGUUUGUUUAUUGUUCUAAGUAAUGGUGUGCGAGUCAAACUGUUCAACCAAUGACCGUUGAUUCAUUGUCUUGUCUGAGGUCUCUACUACAUGUAUACCAAAGAACCUAAUUGCAUCAAAGAAUUUAUAUAUAGAUCAAUUUAUGUAUGAUAUAACAAAGUACUUGAACAAACAAUUAAUGAAAAUGUUGUAGAAUGCAAAAAAAAAAAAAUAUAUAUAUAUUGUUGAAACCUUCUUGAAAGGAUCUGUGGAAUAGUUUAUAUUGAUCAUUAUAUAAUUUUAUUGUAUGAUAGAAUUUUCUUUUGUUCCUGUGUUUUGUAUGGAAUAUUAUGAUGUUUGAUCCCAAACUCUGAUGUCAUUAUCAGAGAGUAGAAUGGCCAUAAUUCAGCUAUUUAGUUGAGUUAGACAUUGAGGUAUUUUAGUAGGAGCAAUUUCUGGAGUUUGUUAGGUAUUUUAGUUGUCUACAAAUUAUAAUUCUCAGACAAGACUUGAACCAUGGACUAUUUCAAUAUGUCCCCUUUUUUGGAACAUUUUACAACCGAAGAAUAUAUUUCGUUACAACAAAUGAACCUAUAUGGAGUUACAAGCACUGCUCAAUCUAUUAACACAAAUCUGGAUGUUUGCAGUUAUUUUUACUUUGACUUAUACUAUUUUCCCCUGUUUUUCCGACAUAGUUGUAUCAAAUAUUAGACAUCGUUGCAUAAUGGUUAUGCCAUAAGAUGGGAGACGGCCCAUUUGGUAUAAAAGUCAGUAUUAUAAGAACUUUUAAUUACUAAAAUGUCAGAAGACUCGCACUGAUUUGAACACUGUCAUUCCUUGUAAAGUUUUGUGCUUUUCUAACAGUGUCUUAGAUUUUUUAGACUGAUUUUAUGUGUUUUCAAAUUUAACCCUAAACCAACUUCCUUCAGCAUUUUUUGCAUUUUAACCUGAAAGAAUGGCUGAUUUUGCAUGUUUUCCUGUCUAUCGCUGAUCAACAAAACUCACUUCAAUAUAUAAGUAAUAUGCAAAGCUGAAUGAAAUAAAGCAAACAAAAGACUGGUACUUUUGGAAGCAAAUUAAGCUACAAAAAUAUAUCCACAUUUAGAAACAUUUGUCAACACACUGCACACAGAUUGUAAAUACUAAAUAUGGGAUUUGAAGAGUUGAAAUUCCCAUUAGGUAUAUCAGGAUAUUUUGUAUGUGAUUGAAAAAAAGUAUUUCAGAUAGAUUUUUUGUGUCAGUACUGUGAAGACAGUUGGCUUUUAGCAUUUUACAUUGGAUUGAAGUGAGGAUACAAAUUAUAUUUAUAUAUAUUAUAAAUAUAUAUUUACACACUAUUUAUGCUGUCAAAACAGUACUACAAUUAUGUAUGGGAGUGAAUUUUAUUGUCUGUUAAAUAUUUUGUUUCUUUUAUUUAUUACUAUCAAAUUGACUUAAUGUGUUUUAAUGUUACAAAUAUGUUUGGAAUGUUAAUGUUUUCUUGUUUUGUGUUUUGUUUUGUAUGAUAAGAUUGUACCUUUUUUUAAAGACAUUAAAAGUUUGAUAUAUAAAUCACAUAUACAUUGUAAUAGGUACAGACACUGUCAUAAGCAGUUACUAUGCCAUUUGUAUAAUACCAUUUUGGCAAGAAAGAGAUAGAGCUAGCUUGUAUAGUUUUAAUAGUAGCACAAUAUGUGGUAUCUGAAUACAUCCAGUGCAAACAAAAUCACAUGGUCAAUCUUGUUAUUUUUUUUUAAUAUAAAAAAAUAGGUAUCAUUUUAUCAGAAUAUAGCUUUUUUUCAAAUGGAAGUCUUAAAUUGAGUAUAAUUUAUGUUAUAUAAGAAAAUAUUCCCAAUUAUUUUGUUUUGUAUUAUCACAGCAAAACACGAACAACAGCAAAGCUUCAUGUCAUAUAUAUAUUAAUAUUGAUUUAAACUGGCUAAUUGGAGCAGGGAUGUGUAUCAGGUAACUAGUUAGUCUGAUGCCGUGAACCUCAUCAAAGAGAGUUUGCCAGACUUUACUCUGAAAAUGUUCAGUUUGAAUUAAAGGAAAAAGUGUGGAAUCUCUUUCUUUAAUUACAGAACAGUCAUACUUGCAUGCCCUUAAUCGAUGACCUUAGGAACAGCUUGUGAGACCUAGCAUUGUUAAUAAAUCCUGGUUCCAAAGUUUUUCAAACGAUAUUGCAUAUAGAAGAGUAUCACCUAAGUAAAUUCAGUGAGACCAGUAUAAUACUUGCAUGGUCUUGUGACCUGGUAAUAUGCCGUAGCUAAUCUCUGUAGACUAAUUUGACGAUGGCAGUGAUAAAGUCCAGGUAAAAGUGAACAAACAGGGGUCAUAUUACACACCAAAUUUUAAACUGUUAUCCUUGCCAUUUUUGUGCAGAAUAUUUUACAUCAGCAUGUAGAUCUAUCACACACACAAUUGUUUACUAGUCAUCAAUGAUUGGAGCUAGAGCUUAGCAACAACAGGAAUUCUUACCUCAGUAUCCAGAUCAAUUUUCAUGGUAUGUUAUUUUUUGGUAUGUACCUCGUUUUGUAUAAUAAUAUAUAUCUCGUGAUCAAAAACGGACUCUCUGCUUUUAGUUCUUGAUAAUGAAAACUUCGUCACUGUUAUAUAUUUUGCUGCAGUUUAUUUAGGUUUCCUAUCCUGCUCUUUGUCAUUAUUUUUCCCACUGAUUACACUUUUUAUACCUUGAGUGCCUCUACAUCUUGUUCGUCCUAUACUUAUUAUUUGUCACUCAGAUUAUGCUAAUAAGAAAAAUGACAUUACCUUUAAUUUUGAACAUUGGAUCUGCUAGGAAUAAAAGAUCUGACACAAACUUCAGCACAUUAUACCAAACAAUAGAAAAAUCUGUCAAACAGCCGUGGACAUAGUUUGUUAUUGCAUGACAAACUCCAUUUCUUUGUAGUUUGUUUUUUGUUGUACCUAUUUAUUUUUUUUAUUGUUUCUUAUCAUAUGCCAUUUUAUAAAUUUAUCAUGUUGACUUUCUGGGUAUAUAAAUCCUAAAAAUGUAUUUUGUCAAUGGAAUUGAAUAAUAGAAAGUGCAGCUUUAGUGCAAUACCAUAUACUUAUUAAAAUGCUGAUAAGAAGAAAAUGCCAACUAUUUUUGUGUAAAAUUUUGCCAGCUUUAUGACAAAUUUAAGCAAACUUUUUGCAUUGCAAUAUUUCAAAACUUUUUGAUGAAUACUGACGAACUUUGGAUUAUCAUUCAUCAUUGUUUAGAUGUUUGGCUCCUCCCAUGAAAACAAAAAAUGACAAAGGACAGCUAUUACCAGUUCUGUACCUCAGGUUGUUGCCAGUUUUGCUGAAGUUUUUGUCGUUUGUGCAAGUCAAGGUUGUACGAGAGUUGUGUCACGCCAAGCAAGAAGUUAGCUAACUUGAAAACAAUUUACUGUACUUAGUUUUCAGAAACCAUUCAACUGACAGUUCUCUAGAAUGACAAAUAGUAAGUCAUUUUUUCAUAAUCUUUAAUUAGGAAUAGGAUGUACCUACAGAUGGUACCAUUUUAGCAAUGCUGAAUAUCACAAUAGGCUCAAAGACAUGUAUGCAGCACCAGGUUUGGUAUGGAUUAUUAUUAUUUUUUUUUUUAAGAGUUCUUUCAGCAGUGUCAUCAUUCAUGAUUAUGGCCUCAAAUUUUGUACUUAACAGUGUUUAAUUCUUCCAUGUGGUCCAAUUGUAGUUUUCUACAACUGUAAAGCUUAGUUGCAAGUAUAUCUCGCAUAGGACAGUCCCACAACUUAUAGGAAGUAUUUUAGAUGUCUCAGUAUUCUAUUGCACCAUACUCUGGUCUUUCUCAGGUUUGAUAAUACAUAUGACGCUCCAACCUUACUGAAAAUGCAGUGUUCUGAGGCAUUCCAUUUGUGCAUACAUCUCUGUCAUUGUGUUGUAGUGGUAUCUAGUAGACGCCUACUUAUUGGAUGUAUUAGUAACUUUGAUCAGGUCAGUAUUAUAAUAUACACUGGUCUGUUUUUGGUAAAUGUGUUUGAAUGUAUAUAAAUGUAACAUGUCAUUUUAUCUGCCCCGUGUCUCAAACAGUUUUCUCUUUCCUUAAUGAUAUUUAAUAUUACAGCAUACGCAUUGUUGAUUGGAUCUUAUGUUACUGCGGCUCUCUUUUCAAGAUUCAUUAAUACUUUCGUUUCGCAUUGCCAUUCUUUUCAUAUAUGUGUGUAAUUAUUAUAUAAAUAAUUGCUAUUGCCUAUGUAAUUGUGGUUUUUUUUAAAAAACAAUUUAAAUGUUUGUGUGUUAACAUUAUUACUAACCCUCACAGUUUCCAAGUUAACAUGCAAAAGUCAAUAUCAGUUACCGAGAUGAAAUUACUACCAAGAAAAAUCUACCAAAAUAUAUUUAAACACCUUGAUCAGACAUCAUUGAUGAUCCCCCAUAAACUUCAAUCUUUUCAUUGUUUUAAUGAGAUUUACUAAUCUAUUUUGACUUAAAAAUUAUGAAGUCUGAUUGUUAAACAGGUUGUAUGUUCAAAAUGGCCAUAGUUACACAGGUUGUAUGUUCAAAACGGCCAGAUACGUUUGUAUGUGUACAUCAAUGGUACUCUCAAUGGUACUCUCAAUGGUCACUGCAAAUGUAUUAUACUGAUACAAUCUAAUCUGACCUAAUUACCUGUUCCUUGUGAUUAUCUCUGAUCUGCUGAAGGAGGAAGAACCUGUGAUGACUUGUUAGACAAAUAGUAUCCAUAUUGCAUUAUUUUUGAAAAAGAACUAGUUUUAAGUUAAGUCAGUCAGAUUUAGCAUCAUACUUGUGGCAAAGUCUAACAAACUGUACUUCAAAAUCUCAAAAUUCCAAAUACGUCUUAAAAUAUUUGGCUUACUUAUUGAUAAAUGUUUUCAAAAAUACAAACAGAAACAUCUGCAAAAAAAAUGGUAUUAGAAGUAAAAUAUGAAAUUAAGUUGUUAAAAUUUAUAUUCAUGCAUUUCACACAAUAUACAAGAAAUUUUCUCUCUAGGAUUUAUCUGAAAGGAUUUCAGAGAGGCGGUUGCAGCUACAAUACAAAUCAUCAGUACAUCCAUAUGACAAUAGCAUUGAUCCAUGCAAUAGCUGUAUUUAGAAUAUUAUUUACUAAAGAUGAAUUUCCUUAAAUAUCAGGAGUUUACUAUGGGCAGAUCUAGUGUUCUCUCUUUAUCAGAACAAAACAUAAGAUAUCAAAGACGAUGUGGAUUUUGUUACACGUUUCUGAGGUGGUAACAAACAGUUGGUGUAGCCAAUGACAAUAAUUAAGGUUACAUCUUGUACAAGCAAUACUUGUAUAUCACUCAAUGUUAACCUUGAAGUCUGUAGACAACAUUUGUUUUGGUUCUUUUGGAAUUUGAUAUUGUACGUUGAAUGUGUUGUUGUAACCCAUAUAUAUAUAAACAAAUUUCCCCUUUCAAUAUUUGAAAUUGAAUAAACAUUGAAUACUUGA